AUGCCGAUUCCGUCAAUUGCGAACAUCGAUCCCGUGACGCGAGAGCUCUUCAAGCGCGAUGCCGCGAACGACACCAUCUGGACUUUCGGCGGCUACAAGACCAAGAAGAGCGCGGGUGCGGGUGUCACGAUGAAGGCCGAGUUCAACAAGACUGCUGGCUCUUCCUGGUGCAAUGAGAUUGACGGCGUUGGUAAGGGUGAUGCACGCGACAACAUCAUCACCGCCGCCCAUGCCGACUCGCACGUGGGCUACCCGCAUCCUGCAGACAUGCCUCCGGAGUAUGUUUGCUUCUUCUACGAGUCUAGGAACAAGUGUGAUCCCAAGGACGGUCACGCCGAGUACGUUGAGAGCGUGCCAGGCCCUAAAGGCAGCGCAAACGAUACGCAGUUCGACGUCAAGUACAAGUACAUCAGCUGGGGUUGCCAGUGGAACCCGAAGAAUCAGGACUGCUCCGCCAAGGACCAUACUGGUCACCCGCCCGGCAAGGACUGCUAA